AUGUGUUUUUUUCCAAUUUUUUCUUUCCAGAAAUAUAUUGUAGAAUUCAAAAUGUCGCCCAUCAAACGAGAACCAGAAGAAGCAUGCCUGAAGCCAAUGCGAUUUGAACAAGAAAUACCCGAAAGGGUAGAUGAGCCGGAAGAGAUGGAAGUUCAACCAGAAGAAAUAGAGGAAGAAGUAGAAGAAGACGAAGGUGAUGAUGAUGAAUGGGAAGAUGUAACGAUGGUGGUCACUGUCAAUGGAAUUCUCGACGCGGAUCUUGUUAGAGAUGCCGUCGAGAGAGAUUUGAUCAAAUUGCGGUACGCUGAAACGGAUGCACCAGUUUUACAGAUCAACAACUCACUAUACACGGCAUCCUGGGAGCAAGAUCUCGGAACAAAUAUGGUUCUGCAGUCAAAAGGAAAAGAGAUGGAAGUGAUUUCGUGUACAUCGACCAUGAUGACUGCAGAAAAAGCCCUGUUGACCUCGUUAAGCACCGAAGGAUCUACACUAGCCGCCAAUGCAGAGACUGCUCCGAAAUCUGAUCUCAGUCGAACUCAACCACGUCAACAAUGAUUUUCAAAAUAUAAAUUAACAUGAAGCUCUGAAAUAAACUCAUAUAACUGCUAAAAUAAAACUGUUGCUUUUG